CGUGAGUUGGUAAACAUUCUCGACUGCUCCGUUCAUAGGAGUUUGGUGGCGAACGUAUUUCCAUCGGUUUUAUUCCGGAAUUUUUGACAAUGCCAAGACAAAGAGAUCCUUUUCCAUUUCCCAAACAUGAGAACGACAUUACUUUCAGUGGGGCAAAUGAUCUUCAACGGAUUGCGACAUUUGAUAAACCAACACACCUUGCGCAAAAUGACCAACCCUGGUGUCGUCUCAACGAGACGUCUACUUUGGCCAGCAUCAGGCGGAGUGUCAUGCAUUACAACAAGCAGGCACCAAAAGACAGCCUAGACUUCCACCUAAAAUCCAUCUAUGAUCACCACCAGGAGUUCAUGCUUAGUAAGAACCAGACUUUAUACCAGAAGGAAACUCUCUCACAGGACCAUGACCAUGGACCCCUAAAGAACCGUGUGACGUACGAGGAGCCACCCAAACUGAUAGAUUUUAAAGUAUGGAUGAACUCUCAGAGGAAUUCCCUUUGCAGCAUUCAAGGGGCGAUAGAAUCUCAUCACAACGCCUCAACAAACAGGGGCUACUCAAGAAAGCAUGACGGUGGCUUCUACUCGAUCUAAUCACAUUCAAUAUCUCACACUACAUUCUAUACCCCCCAAUACAAUGCUGCGACCACCAUUUAACUCCACUGAUGUGUAAUGAAAUAAACGAUUUAAAGCACGUGU